CUGGUGCCAUGUAAAACAUCAGAGUCUGUCUGUCCUUAAAAUUUUUUUUUUUUUUUGUCUACCAUAAUGUCAACUCGGAGACAUCGGCUCAGUAACCUCAAAGUCCGAAGAAAUUAAGCUCUGAGCUCGCUUGCCCGCGUGAGAGAGAAUCAUGGGUUGUUGUCAAUCGUCGAUUUUGGGGCCAGAUUCAAUGGCGGGAGAUCAAACCCAGCAGCCGCAGAAAGCGGAAGCCGGCGGCGGAGGCGGAGGAGGAGUCCCACCGUUCUCGGAGUUCUCCUUCGCCGACCUGAAGACGGCGACCAGCAACUUCAGCUCCGACAACAUCGUAUCAGAGAGCGGAGAGAAAGCCCCCAAUCUCGUCUACAAAGGCAGGUUGCAGAACCGCCGUUGGAUCGCCGUGAAGAAGUUCACGAAGAUGGCUUGGCCUGAUCCUAAACAGUUCGCCGAGGAGGCAUGGCGAGUGGGGAAGUUGAGGCAUUCGAGACUGGCGAAUUUGAUAGGUUAUUGCUGUGAUGGAGACGAAAGGCUUCUUGUUGCUGAGUUCAUGCCAAAUGAUACCCUUGCUAAGCAUUUGUUCCACUGGGAAAAUCAAACCAUUGAAUGGGCAAUGCGUUUACGAGUAGCUUAUUAUAUAGCCGAAGCUCUGGAUUAUUGUAGCAGUGAGGGCCAUCCAUUGUACCAUGAUUUAAAUGCUUACAGGGUUCUCUUUGAUGAGGAUGGCGAUCCUCGUCUAUCAUGUUUUGGCUUGAUGAAGAACAGCAGAGAUGGUAAAAGUUAUAGCACAAAUCUUGCGUAUACACCUCCCGAGUAUCUAAGGAACGGAAGAGUGACCCAUGAAAGUGUUAUGUUCAGCUUCGGCACUGUCCUUCUCGAUUUGCUCAGCGGAAAGCACAUCCCUCCAAGUCAUGCUCUUGAUAUGAUUCGUGGCAAAAACAUUAUUCUGUUGAUGGAUUCGCACCUCGAGGGAAAGUUCUCCACAGAAGAAGCUACGGCUGUCGUUGAACUCGCAUCUCGGUGUUUGCAGUAUGAGCCUAGAGAGAGGCCCAAUACGAUGGAUCUCGUCGCAACACUUGCGCCAUUGGAAACUAAAUCCGAUGUUCCGUCUCAUGUAAUCCUUGGAAUCGCGAAACAUGAGGAUGCGCCUCCUACCCCACAACGUCGGCUCUCACCGUUGGGCGAGGCUUGUUCGAGAAUGGAUCUCACGGCAAUUCAUCAAAUCUUGGUCAUGACACAUUACAGGGAUGACGAAGGAACAAACGAGUUGUCUUUCCAAGAAUGGACACAACAAAUGAAAGAUAUGCUGGAAGCUCGGAAACGAGGCGAUUAUGCCUUCCGGGACAAAGAUUUCAAGACUGCCACCGACUGCUACUCUCAGUUUAUAGAAGUAGGAACAAUGGUAUCGCCGACUGUUUUUGCGAGGCGGAGUCUAUGCUAUCUGUUGAGCGAUCAACCGGACGCAGCCCUAAGGGAUGCGAUGCAGGCGCAGUGCGUGUAUCCCGACUGGCCCACGGCCUUCUAUAUGCAGUCUGUGGCUUUAGCUAAGCUAAACAUGCACAAUGAUGCAGCCAAUAUGUUGAACGAAGCCACUCUGCUCGAAGAGAAGCGGCAGCGUGGCGGGAAAGGAUCGUAGUGUUUUUUUUACGAGGUUUUUCUUCGGAAAUGUCUGUAAAAUCUGAUGAGAGGGGAGAGAGAGAGAGAGAGAGAUGGCUUUUGUUGUUGUUGAUUGGGAUUGUAACACAAGGGGAUGAUGAUGAAAGAUGUUUGUUGUAUCCAAUUCAAAAAUGUUCAAUUCUUUGAUCUCUUUGGUUGC